AUGUGGUAUUUAUUAACUAUUGUCACGUCUUGCACAGUGGGCUUUCACAACUAUCCUCCAAUUCGACAUCAACAUACCUCAAACAUACAAGUCAAACUGGUGAGAAUGGCUUCUAGGCCAAAUGUCGCCUUCAUCGGCUUGGGUGCCAUGGGGAUGGGAAUGGCCGUACACUUACUCGAAGACGGUUUCGCUGUGACCGGGUUCGACUUUAAUCUUAUGGCCCUAGAGAAACUGCUCAUCAUGGGCGGUGCCGCUGCUGCUAAUCCAAGGGAAUGUGUCCAAGAUGCAUCGUUCGUUAUCUGCAUGGUCGCGAAUUCUGCGAAGACCGAGAAGGCAUUCUUCGCCGACUCAACGGGCGCAGUAUUUGGUCUGACACAGAAUGCGAUUGUCAUAUUGUGCUCAAGCGUUGCUCCAGGGUUUCCAGUGAAAAUUUUGGGACGCAUCCAUCAAGACUUCCAAAGACCAGACAUACAGUUGUUGGAUUGUCCUGUGUCUGGUGGAACCAUACGCGCCGCUCGAGGAAUGCUGAACAUUAUGUCCUCGGGCCCGACGGAUAUUUUGAAUAUCGCUCAGCCAAUCUUGGAGUCAAUGGGCGAGAAUCUAUACGAGAUUGAGGGAGGACUAGGUGCUGCAAACAAGGUCAAACUUGUCAACCAGCACCUUGCCAAUAUCCAUAUUGCUGUCUCUGCGGAAGCUAUGGGGCUAGCUGCAACAUUGGGAGUGAACACCAAGGAGUUCUAUCAGACUGUCCUGAAAGGCCCAGCGUGCAGUCGCAUGUUUGAGACUCGAGUACCUCAUAUGCUGUCCAACGACUGGACCCCUCAUUCUGCUAUCAGUAUCUUCAUUAAGGAUCUGCGAAUGGUGACCCCCCAAGGUAUCCUUCAUCACCUACCUCUGUAUAUUGCAUCUUCGACAGAACGACUUUAUCAAUAUGCCGCGCGGAUGGGGUAUGGAAAGGACCACGAUUCGAAUCUUGUUCGGAUUUUUCUACCACAAACCCCUUCUCUGGUUUCCGAAGCAACAACACAUUGCCAGAGCCCUGAUGAUUCGCGCGCAUCUGAAUUGAUCUGCCAUUUACUGGAGACCGUCCACACCUUAGCAGCAAUUGAAGCUCUGGCCCUCGGAAAUAAACUUGGCAUUUCGACCAGCACCCUCACGUCAAUUAUUUCAAACGUCGCUGGUGCUAGUGAGUCCUUCAAGAAAGUUGCCUCACAAAUUUUGGCUGGUGAUCUAUUAUCUGGAUGCACCAUCACGCAUACACGGAACAAGCUAAAAGAAGUUAUCACCCUUGCCCAGAUGCAUAAUUAUCCCCUUCAACUCACAGCUACUACAUUUAACUUGUUACAAAAGGCUGUGACCUAUGGUAUGGGCGGGGAAGGUCAAGCAGCGCUCCUCAAGCUAUGGACAACGUCAAAUCUUUCGACCGAGCCUUUGCAUAUUACCGAAUAUGACUCAAACAACGUUGAAGACCUCCUAUGCAAUAUCCAAGAUCAUUUACAAGCCGAGCAAGACUGCAAUCUCGUUGUUCUCGACGACGACCCAACAGGAACGCAGACGUGCCACGAUAUCAAUGUCCUCACCAUGUGGGAUCUUGAUCUUCUAGCCUCAGAGUUCCGAUCAAAGAGCAAAGGCUUUUUCAUUUUGACCAACAGUCGUGCCUUGCCUCCCAAUGAAGCUCGCAUGCUAGUCAGUGAGAUACUGCGAAACGUUUCUCAGGCGGCUGAUAUGACUGGCAAAAAGUUCGAAGUUGUCCUUCGGGGUGACUCUACGUUGCGUGGCCAUUUCCUGGAAGAGGUCGAAUCGUAUAUUGAUACGAUUGGCUCUCCCGACGUAUGGAUUCUUGCACCGUUCUUUGGGCCAGGUGUUCGCUACGCCAUCGAUGACGUACAGUACGUGGGUGACCGGAAUACAGCCGCAAAGACUCCAUUCGCCAAGGUUAGAACCUUUGGCUACAGAUCCUCAAAUCUGAGAGAGUGGAUUCGUGAAAAAGCUGGAUCACGAUUUUCUAGCAAAGACAUACUGUCUGUCACAUUGGAGGAUAUCAGACUUGGGGGAGUUUCUGCAAUUGAACAAAAGUUACUCCUCGUACCCAAAGGUGGAAUUCUGAUCGUUAAUGCGGUUCAGAGUGAGGGCAUGCUUAUGUUCAGCCUGGCAUUAUUGGAAGUACGCCGAAAGCACAAACUCCUUUUUGCUUAUCGAACAGGGGCAAGCUUUGUGUCUAGUCGCCUCGGGAUCCCAGAAAAAUAG